AAAUUUUUGAUAAACCAGUCGUAUAUUCGGUGCUCUUGUGAUACACACAUAUAGUGUGAAUUCAGCUCGACUUUCUCGAACGAGUUGAUUAAAUGGUGAAAACUUUUAAUAUUUUAAUUAAGUAACAUUAGAUGAAGAGUUGAUAAAAGUUAUUCGGUUAACUGAAGGUGUUUCGUACUGUAUGAAAAUGGCUAAAACUGAAGGAGUAUCGCCACAGAUUCAAGCAGAGUGCCAAGAGCUGAUUAUAGAUGACAAUACAAUGUCAAAGCUUGUAAAACUAGUCUUGAAAGAGGUGAAUAGAGGGCUCAGUAAGGCAGAAAACAUUAACGCAGAUAUAAAAUGCUACGAAACAUUUAUAAACAACUUGCCGAAUGGUGAAGAACGCGGAAAGUUUCUCGCUCUCGAUCUGGGUGGAACGAAUUUCCGUGUCCUUCUUAUCCAUCUUAACGGUGAAAAAGAUUUUAAAGUUCAGUCGAAGACUUAUGGCAUAUCAGAGGCAUUAAUGCUAGGUACCGGUAAACAGCUGUUUGAUCAUAUCGCUGACUGUCUGGCAAACUUUGUGAAGGAACAGGAUAUUACCUCCGAACGUUUGCCGUUAGGAUUUUCAUUUUCUUUUGAAAUAAAGCAGCUAGCUUUAGAAAAAGCUUUGAUGGUCAAAUGGGCGAAAGGAUUCCACUGUUCAGAUGUAGUUGGCGAAGAUGUGGUUCAUUUACUUAAUUCCGCUAUUGCCAGACGAGGGGACAUCAAUGUUGUUGUACGUGCAAUUUUGAACGAUACUGCUGGUACAUUGGUCUCAUGUGCUUGGAAUUACCAAAAUUGCAGGAUAGGGGUUGUAGUUGGAACGGGGACAAAUGCAUGUUACGUCGAGAAAAUUGAAAAUGUAGAAAACUAUAGCGGUCCGCCGGGGACUCGUACCGUAAUAAGUACAGAAUGGGCUGGUUUAGGUGAAAGUGGCGUUUUGGAUUUUGUUCGAACCGAUUAUGACAGAGAUGUUGAUUUCCAUAGUACGAAUCGUGGCAGUGAAAUAUUUGAAAAAAUGAUUUCAGGGAUGUAUAUGGGGGAGAUAGUCCAAUUAGCUAUACAACGUCUGACAGCAAAGGGUUUACUAUUUAAGGGACAGGAUUCGGAGCCGUUGAGAACUCGGGGAGAAUUCUUAACGAAGUACAUAUCGGAGAUUGAAUCUGACGAGUCAGGAACGUAUACCAAGUGUAUGCAUAUAAUGGACAUUUUGCGCUUACACCAUGCAACACCACAGGACUGUGUCAAUGUUCGCUACAUAUGUCAAUGCGUUUCGAGUCGAGCUGCACAUUUACUGUCGGCAGGUGUUGCUGCUUUAAUCAAUAAAAUUGAUGAACCAAGUGUGACGGUUGGUGUCGAUGGUUCUGUCUAUCGCUUACAUCCAUCGUUUCAUGAUCUGAUGGUGGAACGUAUUCGACAAUUUGUCAAACCGGAAAUUUCAUUCGAUGUGGUAUCAGCGGAAGAUGGCUCUGGGCGAGGGGCAGCCUUAGUUGCGGCAAUUGCGUGCCGAGCAGAUGAAUGACCUAAUAUUUACGCAGCUGACAAUAAAUCAUGACUAAAGAUAAAUGAAUUUCGUAUAGUGUAAAAAGAGACCGUUCAAUGAAAUGAAUCCAAGUUUUGUAUUGCAUUGUAUAUACUAAAAGGAAGUCUUUCGACUGUGAACUGUAUGGUGUAACGAAUAAAACUCGGCAUGGAAUAAAAAUGAUGUUUUUCGUCGACCAUAACUGUGUUGAUGAAAUGAAUUGUCAGUACGAGAAAUACGAUACAGUACGAGAAAUGGAUAUCGAGUAAGACUUCAUUUCAAUUAUUUAUUUCGUUGUCGUUUUUACUCAAUUAUAUUUUUCCAAUAGUUUU